AUACCAAUCAGUCUGUUCUUCAGCUCGUUUGACCGUUUUGGAUGUUUAGCGCGAUCAGCUUAAAAACGACCUAUCGUUUGUAAUAGCAGAAAAGGAGGAACUGGUAAUCGAGAGAGACGCGUACAAAACAAAGCUAAACCGAGUAAAUCAAGAGAUGGCGGCUAUGAUGAACGGCGACUGCUCGUGCUUCACGGACGUCGAUGACCUCCUGUCCGAAAAUCGCUACCUCAAAGAACAACUCUGCCAGCUGAAAGAAGAAAACUGCAUGACCAGGGCCAUCCUAUCAAAGUACAAGAAGAUUGUAACCUCAAAAAAGAAUUCCCUCAAAUCGUUGAUCACCUCUGACCCCAAACCUUCGCGUUCUGCCAGACCCACUACACCGAUAACGGUGGUCUCGCUGAAGCAGAUAGAAGAACUUGUUCAGAAUGAUAGCGGCCUCAAUCUUAGUCGAGAAACUUAUCAUCAAAUCAUUGGCUUACUUCUGGAUACGUUGAAGGACAAAAACAUGGCCAUUUCGCACGGAAAGAAAACGAAUAAUAAAAGCCGGGCAGAACUGUGGAACCCGUUCGGCAUAAAAUUCGCCAGGCCACUGUUAGCCCUAUCUGCGGGUAGCGAAACUUUACGGGCCAGCGCGAUUCGCCGCUGA